AUGGGCUCUUCCAAGCUGGUACUAGAUUUCCACCUCACUGACUGCACCCACACCCUGUCCCUGACACUGUCCCAGCUGAGUCCUUGCUUUCAGAGCCUUGCCAUCCUGACCCUCUCCUCUGGUGCCCCCAGCAUUGUCCUGUACCUGUCAAAGCACAGCUUACAGAGCUGGCACCACCCUCCACAUGGUGUGAGCGGUGCCGAGCAGAACUUCCAUCAGCUGCUUGAAUUGUGUGGACUGGGGCAGGUGGGGGACGCGGGCAGCUGCCUGGGCUUUGCUCUGCCCUGGAGAACAAGGUCGCGCCGGCCCCCGGCGCUCUGCUUCUUGCUGGGCUCAGCUCCCAAGGUGGCUCAAGAAAUGGGCUUUCCAGGGACCUCACUCCCCCGGGGGCUUCGCAAUGCUACUGAUGACCACCAGCUGCAUGCCCUUGACUCCAUCAAGCUGGGCCUCCAGAAGAGAGGAUGCUGUCUGGUGCUGGGCUACAUGGCCAAGGACAAGUUUCGAAGAAUGAAUGAAGGCCAGGUCUACUCCUUCAGCCAGCAGCCCCAGGACCAGGUGGUGGUAUCCGGACAGCCAGUGACGCUGCUGUGCGCCAUCCCUGAAUACGAUGGCUUCGUUCUGUGGAUCAAAGACGGCUUGGCUCUGGGUGUGGGCAGGGACCUCUCAAGUUACCCACAGUACCUGGUGGUAGGGAACCACCUGUCAGGGGAGCACCACUUGAAGAUCCUGCGGGCAGAGCUGCAAGACGAUGCUGUGUACGAGUGCCAGGCCAUCCAGGCCGCCAUCCGGUCCCGCCCUGCACGCCUCACCGUCCUGGUGCCACCCGAUGACCCCGUCAUUCUGGGGGGGCCUGUGAUCAGCCUGCGGGCAGGGGACCCCCUCAACCUCACCUGCCACGCAGACAACGCCAAGCCCGCAGCCUCCAUCAUCUGGCUUCGCAAGGGAGAGGUCAUCAACGGAGCCACCUACUCCAAGACCCUGCUUCGCGAUGGCAAGCGCGAGAGCAUCGUCAGCACACUCUUCAUCUCCCCUGGAGACGUGGAGAAUGGCCAGAGCAUCGUGUGCCGCGCCACCAACAAAGCCAUCCCUGGAGGGAAGGAGACCUCGGUCACCAUCGACAUCCAGCAUCCCCCACUUGUCAACCUGUCUGUGGAACCACAGCCAGUGCUGGAGGACAACGUCGUGACAUUCCACUGCUCUGCAAAGGCCAACCCAGCUGUCACCCAGUACAGGUGGGCCAAGCGGGGCCAGAUCAUCAAGGAGGCAUCGGGAGAAGUGUAUAGGACCACCGUGGACUACACGUAUUUCUCAGAGCCUGUCUCCUGCGAGGUGACCAACGCUUUGGGCAGCACCAACCUCAGCCGAACAGUCGAUGUCUAUUUUGGGCCCCGGAUGACCAUGGAGCCCCAGUCUCUGCUCGUGGAUCUGGGCUCUGACGCUGUCUUCAGCUGCUCCUGGACCGGCAACCCAUCCCUGACCAUCGUCUGGAUGAAGCGGGGCUCCGGUGUGGUUCUGAGCAAUGAAAAGACCCUCACCCUCAAAUCCGUCCGCCAGGAGGAUGCUGGAAAGUACGUGUGCCGGGCUGUGGUGCCCCGGGUAGGAGCCGGAGAGCGAGAGGUGACCCUGACUGUCAAUGGACCCCCCAUCAUCUCCAGCACCCAGACGCAGCAUGCCCUCCACGGGGAGAAAGGCCAGAUCAAGUGCUUCAUCCGGAGCACGCCACCGCCGGACCGCAUCGCCUGGUCCUGGAAGGAGAAUGUGCUGGAGUCGGGGACAUCGGGGCGCUACACUGUGGAGACCAUCAGCACCGAGGAGGGGGUCAUCUCUACCCUGACCAUCAGCAACAUCGUGCGGGCUGACUUCCAGACCAUCUACAACUGCACCGCCUGGAACAGCUUCGGCUCUGACACAGAGAUCAUCCGGCUCAAGGAGCAAGGUUCGGAAAUGAAGUCGGGAGCCGGGCUGGAAGCAGAGUCCGUGCCAAUGGCUGUCAUCAUCGGGGUGGCCGUAGGAGCUGGCGUGGCCUUCCUCGUCCUCAUGGCAACCAUUGUGGCCUUCUGCUGUGCCCGUUCCCAGAGAAAUCUCAAAGGUGUUGUGUCGGCCAAAAAUGAUAUCCGAGUGGAGAUUGUCCACAAGGAGCCUGCCUCUGGCCGGGAGGCUGAAGAGCACCCCACCAUCAAGCAGCUGAUGAUAGACCGGGGUGAGUUCCAACAAGACUCAGUACUGAAGCAGCUGGAGGUCCUCAAAGAAGAGGAGAAGGAGUUUCAGAACCUAAAGGACCCCACCAAUGGCUACUACAGUGUCAACACCUUCAAAGAGCACCACUCGACCCCCACCAUCUCCCUGUCCAGCUGUCAGCAGGACCUGCGUCCUCCAGGCAAGCAGCGCGUGCCCACGGGCAUGUCCUUCACCAACAUCUACAGCACCCUGAGUGGCCAGGGCCGCCUCUACGACUACGGGCAGCGGUUUGUGCUGGGCAUGGGCAGCUCAUCCAUCGAGCUUUGUGAGCGGGAGUUCCAGAGAGGCUCCCUCAGCGACAGCAGCUCCUUCCUGGACACGCAGUGUGACAGCAGCGUCAGCAGCAGUGGCAAGCAGGACGGCUAUGUGCAGUUCGACAAGGCCAGCAAGGCCUCUGCCUCCUCUUCCCACCACUCCCAGUCCUCUUCCCAGAACUCUGACCCCAGUCGACCCCUGCAGCGGCGGAUGCAGACUCACGUCUGA